CGUCAUUGUCGUAGAAUUCGCAACGUCGCUAUUCACAGUCGUAAACAAAAACACAUGUCCUUUCAGGUUAUGAGAUUUUCCUGUUUCUCCUCUGUAUUUAUUUAAUUUUUCUGUUGUUCUAUCAUUUCCUAAAUUUACCGUUUCCCAUUGAAAACGAUGGCAAAGCAAUACAAAUCUCUCCAUCCAAUCAAGUAUUUCAGAGAUUACUUGGCCCACGACAUCAGACCGGAUGGCAGGGAACUGACCAAGUACCGACCAGUCAUUAUCAAUGCGAACUCUGUUUCUACAGCCGAAGGCUCAGCUAUUGCCAAAGUUGGCAAAACUACAGUAAUAUGUGGAAUCAAAGCGGAGCUUUGCCAGCCGAAAACGGAAACUCCAACGCAGGGCUUCCUCAUUCCGAAUCUGGAGUUGCCGCCUUUAUGUUCCUCGAAAUUCAAACCCGGUCCACCCAGUGAUCAAGCGCAGGUGGCGACCAAGGUCAUAGCGGACAUCAUCGAGAAUUCCGGUUGCAUCAACCUUCAGGAUCUCUGCAUUUCCACGGAGAAAUUGGCUUGGUGUCUGUACGCGGAUCUGGUGUGUCUAGAUCACGACGGUUCCAUCAUCGACGCUUGUCUGCUCGCCCUCUUCACAGCCCUUAAAACAGUGUCUCUUCCGAAGGUGGAAUACAACGCGGAACUGGAUAGUAAAAACUUGCAGAUGGACGAAAGGACACCGUUCAAGCUGUACAACGUUCCCGUCUCCACGACUUUCGCUAUCUUGGACGAGACAGUCCUCAUGAUCGAUCCCACCGCCGAGGAGGAGAAUCUGUGCACCGGUGUCGUCACCAUAGUGAUAAAAGACGACGAGCUGUGCUCGGUGCUGAAACCGGGCGGCAGUCCCAUCACCGAGGAGAAACUGGUGGACUGCAUCAAGCAGAGCAUGGAGAGGGCGAAGCUUCUCGGCAAGCUCAUCGACACCGCAACGCAAGAGACCAACGAUGAGAUUGAUAAAUAAUAAAUGUUUACGAGAAAGAGAACUGAAAACAAAACCAAAAAAUUGGGGACGAAAGAGCCUCGAGGCUAUUUGCUUUACGAAUUCCAUCCGUUUCCAGCCCAACCACAAAUUUGACAAACGGUGACUUGAUUUUUUUUGUUGAAAGAAUCACCGAUUGUCAUAAUAUGACAUUAAGAAUUGAUAUCAUCAAUAUCGCCUAUUCACUUUAAUUCGUUUCCAUAGAAACAAUUUAUUUAUUAGGAUUAUGAAGCGUCACCAAGGAGAUUAAGGUUGUUGUCUCUAACUUAAGUCAGAGAAAGGUCGCAGGAAAAAGUGUAGAAAAAAAAAUAUCAAUUAAUAUUUAAUAGUAUAUAAUAAGAUAACAAAUGUACAUACACACUAGACCUUUUUCUUUGUUUUUUUUUUCAUUUUAAAU